AUGAAGACAAUUACCUUAUACUAUCAGCGCUAUAGAUGUGAAAAGUACAUUCCCCGUCCGCGUCUCUGUGACCGGUGUUUUUUUUUCGGCUACUUAGCCGCUUCGUGCAGAGGCCGACGUAGAUGCAUCAGAUGCGGAGCGGAUCAUGAACCCAAUGAAUCUAAUGCUGAGCGGAAGGACUGUAUAUGUUGCGGAGGAGAACACAAGGCGGACUCCCCUCAAUGUGAGGCAUACCAGCGCGAGGCUCGACUUUGUGUUACACACAAGUGUUCAUACCAAGAAGCAAAGAGAUUGUCCAAAUGUAAGAAAGUGACCUAUGCCACGGUGACAAGUACACAUAAGCCGACGAAACCCGAGGAAGCCUACCGACGUCCCACUCGGGGAGGGGAGAAGCUUGUCCGGGGUCCCCCAGCUUUGACAGACGACGUCUCGUCAUUGACAAGCAGAAUCGCUCUUUUAGAAUCUACAGUAGAGGCAUUACGGGUGGAGAUCCGCAGUCUCAACAAAAAGCUACAGUCCCGCCAGACAGUCCCAGAUCAGGUAACCCAAACCCUAGAAUGCGAACAGAAUAUGGACAUCAUGCCAACAGUGUCCACGCCCAGUAAGCGGGCAUCUAACUAUGCGGAACCAACAGCCGCGGAACAACAAGCCAAAAAGAAAGAAGGCACAAAACUCCGACAUGCAGCCGCACAGGACAUAUCUGACACUGAAGACCCACCAUUCGACACAGAUCUGUUCCAAAUCACAAACGCAUCCAGGGCGAUUUCUCUAGAAGAUCUAAGUUUUACAACCCCGGCCGAGCAGGUAAAAAUUCGUAAGCGUCAGCCAAAAAACCACCCUCCCCAUGUCUAA